AAAUUUUUAAAAUCUGCAUUAUCAUAGGCACAUACAUGCCGAAUAUAUAAAAUAAUUCGUGAAAUAAGUUAAAGCUAGAAAAUAUGUAAGAAACUCAAUGACGUGGCAAAAAAGAAGAGUAUCCACCAGAAGUUGAGUCUAGGGGUAUAAACGUAAUUAACAUCACCUUAUCCCCAACGUCUCAAUUCUCUCUCUCGUGCUCUUCACUCGACGACACACGAAAACCGGAAAUAAAAGUUUUCGGGUUUUCUUCAGCCGGACUGUUUUUCGCUCCCGCCGGAAAUUCUCCCGGCUCGCCGUCGACGAUGAUGGUGUCUCCACUCUGCGACUCUCAGUUACUUUACCACCGCCCCUCGAUCUCACCUACCGCUUCUCAGUUCGUGAUCGCGGAUGGAAUCAUCCUCCGGCAAAAUCGUCUUCUGAGCUCUUCGUCGUUUUGGGGCACCAAAUUCGGAAACACCGUCAAGUUGGGAGUAUCUGGAUGUAGUAGCUGCUCUCGGAAGAGAAGCACGAGUGUGAAUGCUUCACUAGGUGGUCUUCUUAGCGGAAUUUUCAAGGGUUCUGAUAACGGAGAGUCGACUAGGCAACAGUACGCAUCCAUCGUCGCAUCCGUUAAUCGCUUGGAGACUGAGAUUUCGGCUCUUUCGGAUUCUGAGUUGCGAGAGAGGACUGAUGCGUUGAAGCAACGUGCUCAGAAAGGAGAAUCCAUGGAUUCACUUUUACCUGAAGCAUUUGCUGUUGUGAGAGAAGCUUCCAAGAGAGUUCUUGGACUCAGACCUUUCGAUGUGCAAUUAAUUGGUGGUAUGGUUCUUCAUAAAGGAGAAAUAGCUGAAAUGAGAACUGGUGAAGGGAAAACGCUUGUUGCUAUUUUACCAGCUUAUUUGAAUGCAUUAAGUGGGAAAGGUGUUCAUGUGGUUACAGUUAAUGAUUAUCUUGCUCGAAGAGAUUGUGAAUGGGUUGGUCAAGUUCCUCGGUUCCUUGGAUUGAAGGUUGGUCUAAUCCAACAGAAUAUGACACCUGAACAAAGAAAGGAAAAUUAUUUAUGCGAUAUCACAUAUGUCACCAACAGUGAGCUUGGAUUUGAUUAUCUGAGAGACAAUCUAGCCACGAGUGUUGAGGAGCUCGUCUUGAGGGAUUUCAAUUAUUGUGUGAUUGAUGAAGUUGAUUCCAUACUUAUUGAUGAAGCAAGGACUCCUCUCAUUAUCUCUGGGCCUGCAGAGAAACCUAGUGACCAAUAUUACAAAGCUGCAAAGAUUGCUUCAGCCUUUGAGCGGGAUAUACAUUACACUGUUGAUGAAAAGCAGAAGACUGUUUUACUGACGGAACAGGGUUAUGAGGAUGCAGAAGAAAUCCUGGACGUGAAAGAUUUGUAUGAUCCCCGUGAACAGUGGGCAUCAUAUGUUCUUAAUGCCAUUAAGGCAAAAGAACUUUUUCUCAGAGAUGUGAACUAUAUCAUCCGAGCAAAGGAGGUUCUUAUCGUGGAUGAGUUUACUGGUCGUGUAAUGCAGGGAAGACGUUGGAGUGAUGGACUACAUCAAGCUGUUGAAGCAAAAGAAGGCUUGCCUAUUCAGAAUGAAUCUAUUACUCUGGCGUCAAUUAGUUAUCAAAACUUCUUUCUGCAGUUUCCGAAACUUUGCGGGAUGACGGGUACAGCAUCGACCGAGAGUGCAGAAUUUGAAAGCAUAUACAAGCUUAAAGUUACAAUUGUACCCACAAAUAAGCCCAUGAUAAGAAAGGAUGAGUCAGAUGUGGUUUUCAAGGCAGUCAAUGGCAAAUGGCGGGCAGUAGUAGUGGAGAUCUCUAGAAUGCACAAGACAGGUAGGGCUGUGCUAGUUGGCACAACCAGUGUCGAGCAGAGUGAUGAACUAUCGCAACUGUUGAGGGAAGCUGGAAUAACUCAUGAGGUCCUCAAUGCCAAGCCAGAAAAUGUGGAGAGGGAAGCUGAAAUUGUAGCACAAAGUGGCCGUUUAGGGGCAGUAACAAUUGCCACAAAUAUGGCAGGGCGUGGGACAGACAUAAUUCUUGGUGGAAACGCAGAGUUCAUGGCACGUUUGAAGCUUCGUGAGAUACUUAUGCCCAGAGUGGUAAAGCCUACUGAUGGUGUUUUUGUAUCUGUGAAGAAGGCCCCUCCCAAGAGAACAUGGAAGGUGAAUGAGAAGUUAUUUCCAUGCAAACUGUCAAAUGAGAAAGCAAAGCUAGCUGAAGAAGCUGUACAAUCAGCUGUAGAGGCUUGGGGCCAGAAAUCGUUAACUGAGCUUGAAGCAGAGGAACGUUUAUCUUAUUCUUGUGAAAAGGGUCCUGUCCAAGAUGAAGUUAUAGGUAAACUGAGGACUGCAUUUCUGGCGAUAGCGAAAGAAUAUAAGGGCUACACUGAUGAAGAAAGGAAGAAGGUGGUGGAAGCUGGUGGACUUCACGUGGUGGGGACAGAGCGGCAUGAAUCACGUCGAAUAGACAAUCAGUUGCGUGGGCGAAGUGGCCGGCAAGGGGAUCCUGGAAGUUCCCGAUUCUUCCUUAGUCUUGAAGAUAACAUAUUCCGCAUUUUUGGUGGAGAUCGGAUUCAGGGUAUGAUGAGGGCAUUCAGGGUGGAAGAUUUACCGAUCGAAUCCAAGAUGCUUACUAAAGCUCUAGAUGAAGCUCAGAGAAAAGUUGAGAAUUACUUCUUUGACAUCAGAAAGCAAUUAUUCGAAUUUGACGAGGUUCUCAAUAGCCAAAGAGAUCGUGUUUAUACAGAGAGAAGGCGUGCUCUUGUGUCGGACAGCCUUGAGCCUCUGAUUAUCGAGUAUGCUGAAUUGACAAUGGAUGACAUUCUAGAGGCAAAUAUUGGCCCAGAUACUCCAAAGGAAAGCUGGGAUUUUGAAAAGCUCAUUGCGAAAGUUCAGCAGUACUGUUACCUGUUGAACGAUCUCACUCCCGAUUUGCUGAAAAGCGAAGGAUCAAGUUAUGAAGGGUUGCAAGAUUAUCUCCGUGCCCGUGGCCGCGAUGCAUACUUACAGAAAAGAGAAAUCGUGGAGAAACAAUCACCAGGGCUAAUGAAAGAUGCCGAACGAUUCUUAAUCUUGAGCAAUAUUGAUAGGUUAUGGAAAGAACACCUUCAAGCACUCAAGUUCGUGCAACAAGCUGUGGGGCUCAGAGGAUAUGCGCAACGCGAUCCACUCAUCGAGUAUAAGCUCGAAGGAUACAAUCUAUUUCUGGAAAUGAUGGCUCAAAUACGAAGAAAUGUGAUAUACUCCAUAUAUCAGUUUCAACCAGUGCGGGUAAAGAAGGACGAAGAGAAGAAGUCUCAGAACGGGAAACCGAGCAAACAAGUAGAUAAUGCUAGUGAGAAGCCUAAACAAGUUGGUGUCACAGAUGAGCCAUCCUCAAUUGCAAGCGCCUAA